CCGCAGCGUGAGGAGCUUUGAUCAGUGCCUCGUACCUCGAUUACCAAAUGUUCCCUGCUAAAAACACGCAAACAAAACACAAACGGAACAACGUUUCCCCAAGAGCCAACGGGCGGUGACACGGCGAUUUGCAUUUCUUUCCUUGUAUUGGUAACUUUUUGUACCAUCCCCAUCGGGGCCGUUUCGUGCGCAGCAGCUCCGGGCUGAGAGCACGACCUUAAGAAUUGCGCUGUGAUGAAGGGCUGAGCUCUGGCUGCUUCCCAAGGACGCAGGGCUGCCCGCUGCCGCCGAGCCCCGAGCUGCACGCAGGUGUCCGCACCCCUCCUCCUUCUCCCUCCCUCUCCUCCUCCUUCUCCUUGCAUUCUUCCUCCUCCUCCUCCUCCUGCUCUUCCUCCUCCUCUUCCUUCUGCCGCCGCCACGACACGCUGCAAAUGCUCAGCUUCUUCUGGCUGAGGUGUCUUUUAAAAAUGGUCAAAGGGAACAUUGUAGUCCCUGAAGACAUCCUGAGUUUCUGUUGCAAUGGCCUCCAGGGCUCGACCUCACCACCGUGCACCCAGGACACAGGGGAGCAGCAGGAGGAGGCUGCGGGGGCCAUGGGUGGCCACAACCCCACCGAGGUGCAGAUGAGCCAACUGGUUCUGCCCUGCCACAGCAAUCAGCAUGGGGAGCUCAGCGCCGGGCAGCUGCUCAAGUGGAUCGAUACGGCUGCUUGCCUCUCGGCUGAGAGACAUGCUGGCUGCCCGUGCGUCACUGCCUCGAUGGAUGACAUCUAUUUUGAGCACACCAUUAGCGUUGGACAAGUCGUUAACAUCAAAGCCAAAGUGAACCGAGCCUUCAACUCCAGCAUGGAGGUGGGCAUCCAGGUGAGCUACGAGGACCUGUGCAGCGGGAAGCACUGCAGCAUCUGCAAGGCUUAUGCCACCUUUGUGGCGCAGGGUCCCCUAGGCACCAAGGUGAAGCUGAAGCCGCUGACCCCGCAGACAGAGGAGGAGAAGAUUGAGCACAGCAUUGCUGCCGAGCGCCGUCGGAUGCGGCUGGUGCACAAGGACACCCUCAAGGACCUCCUCACCCGCAACACCAGUAACACCGAGAUGGAGAUGAGGGAUGGCAGUGCGGUGGUGCCGGCUGAGAAGACGCGAGUGGAGAGCGUGGAGCUGGUGCUGCCGCCGCACGCCAACCACCAGGGCAACACCUUUGGUGGGCAGAUCAUGGCCUGGAUGGAGAACGUGGCCACCAUUGCAGCCAGCCGGCUGUGCCAUGCCCACCCCACGCUGCGUGCCAUCGAGAUGUUCCACUUCCGCGGGCCGUCGCAGGUCGGGGACCGCCUGGUGCUCAAGGCCAUCGUCAACAACGCCUUCAAGAACAGCAUGGAGGUGGGGGUCUGCACCGAGGCCUAUGACCAGGAGAUGUCUGUCAGCCGGAGGCACAUCAACAGUGCCUUCAUGACCUUCGUGGUGCUGGAUGAGGAGGGCCGGCCCCGCACGCUGCCCAUGGUCGUGCCCCAGCCGGGGGAUGGAGAAAGGCGGUACAGAGAAGCCAGUGCUAGGAAGAAGAUUCGGCUGGACCGGAAAUACGUUGUCUCCUGUAAGCAGACGGAGGUGCCGCUGUCUGUUCCCUGGGACCAAAGCAAUAAGGUGUACCUGAGCUACAACAACGUCUCUGCGCUGAAGACACUCGUAGCCAAAGCCAACUGGGUGCUGGCCAGGGAGAAGGAGAAGGUGCAGAUCUACACGCUAGAGGAGGACAAGUUCCUCUCUUUCCGCAUUGAGAUGUCGGUGAACAUCUCAGCCAGCCAGGCCUUCUCCCUGCUCUCCGACCUGCGGCGCCGGCACGAGUGGGACAGCCACUAUGAGAGUGCCGAGCUGGUGCAGCAGGUGGAUGAGGAUGAUGCCAUCUACCACGUGCUGAGCCAGGCACUCAGCUCUGAGAACAAGCCACAGGACUUUGUCAUCCUGGCCUCCCGGCGGAAACCCUGCAGCAGAGGGGACCCCUACGUGGUGGCCUUUCGGUCGGUGACGCUGCCCACGCAUCCUGCCAGCACCAACUACACACGGGGUGAGACGCUCUGCUCUGGCUUCUGCGUGUGGCCGGAGUCAGAGGAGAUGAGCAAGGUGGCUUACUACAACCAGGCAACGCCCGGGUACCUCAACUAUGUCACCACCAACGUGGUGGGGCUGUCCUCCAACUUCUGUGCCACCUUCAAGGCCUGUGAGAAGUUCCUGUUGAAGAACAAGGAUGACCUUAUUGCACUGCUGCAGGACCUCUAGGCCUGGGGCUUUGCUGUUAUCCAUGGACAGACGUGGUCUUGCAAAGAAGGGUGUGGGGACAGAGUGGUGGCACUCAGGCCAUGCCUUGCUGGGGCUUUGGCCUGAGCAAGGUCAGUGAGAUGGGGACGGAGGGGUGUCACAGGGAUGCACCAUCUUCAUACUGAUACUUCCAGUCCUCUUUUUUUUCCCCUAAUUUUAUAAGCUGCUGAGUAGGACUUGAAUUUUAGUUCAACUAAUGCUACUUGAUUCUUUGUACAAUCCCAACUCUUCCUAAUACUGAUUUUUUUAGUUGUUUCUUAAUGAGAGAAACUUUUUUGUAGUGGUGUGGAUAGGGACUGUGCUGGGGGAUGUGCUGCUCCACUGCUCCAGGCUGUAAGGCAGGGCUGGGGCACGACCACACUGCCCCUUGGCUCUCACCCAGAGCAGGGGGAGAUGCACCUGAGGGGUGGGAAAUGGGCUGCUUGUGCACCCACAGCGGGGCUGUCAGGUUUUCUCUGUUCCUGCAAGGAGAAGGUUGGCUGCCACCAUGUCCCUGCCUCACAUUCACUGAUUUGGGUUCCCAACCCAAGAUGCUGAUGGGAUGCCCACACUGGGCUGAGAUCCCAAUCCCAUCACACUACCCUGCAGUCCUGCUGCUGACUACAGCUCUGCGUGGAAGGAGUGGCAAUAAAAGUGCAUCAGAAGGAAAAACCCUUA